UCAAGACUCUUAUUAACACUUGGCCCGUUUUCUGCAGCUUGCAUAUCUCCCCAGAUGGUGGCCAUGGCCUGUAGGAAACUCCUUGUGUUGACAUCUUACAAGUUGCUGAUUGGAUUUCUCAUCACUUCUUUAAUGGGAUCUGAAGCCAACGAAUGUCCUCAGCUUUGUGUUUGUGGGAACCGUCCUUGGUUUACUCCACAGUCGACCUACCGCGAGGCCAAAACCGUGGAUUGCAAUGACCUACGUCUGACCAAGAUCCCAGCCAACCUUUCUGCAGACACCCAGGUGCUUCUACUGCAGAGCAACAACAUCGAGCGGACUAAUGGAGAACUUCAGCAGCUGGUGAACCUCACGGAGCUUGAUCUUUCCCAGAAUAACAUCACCUCCAUUCAAGAUGUGGGUCUGGCCAAUCUCAGCCAGCUCACCACUCUGCACCUGGAGGAGAACCAAGUCUUCGAGAUGACUGACUACUGUCUUCAAGACUUGACCAACCUUGAGGAACUCUACAUCAACCACAACCAGCUCAGCUCCAUCUCACCUAGUGCCUUUGCUGGACUGCGCAGUUUACUCCGCCUGCACCUAAAUUCAAAUAAAUUGCGGAUUAUUGACAGUCGCUGGUUUGAUUCCACCCCUAUCUUGGAGAUCCUAAUGAUUGGUGAAAACCCAGUCAUCGGUAUAUUGGAUCUAAAUUUCCAACCACUGAGAAGUUUGAGGAGCUUAGUCUUGGCCGGCAUGUACCUUAGUGACAUUCCAGGGAAUGCUUUAUCGGGGUUGGAUAAUCUGGAGAGUUUAUCCUUCUACGACAAUAAGCUCAGUCAAGUUCCCCAGGUGGCUCUACAAAAACUUCCGAACCUCAAGUUUUUGGACCUUAAUAAAAAUCCCAUCAGAAAGAUUCAGGAAGGAGACUUCAAGAACAUGUUACGCCUGAAGGAGCUGGGGAUCAACAACAUGGCGGAGCUUGUAUCUAUAGACCGCUACGCUCUAGACAAUCUCCCCGAGUUAACGAAGCUUGAAGCUACGAACAAUCCGAAACUGUCCUAUAUCCACCGAUCCGCCUUCCGUAAUGUGCCUACCCUGGAGAGCUUGAUGCUAAAUAAUAAUGCUCUGAACUCUGUGUACAAGGGUACGGUGGAAUCACUGCCCAAUCUGCGGGAAAUUAGUAUCCACAGUAACCCGAUACGCUGUGACUGCGUCUUGCACUGGAUAGGUUCCAAUCAAACCACCAUCCGUUUUAUGGAGCCGCUGUCCAUGUUUUGCGCAUUUCCCCCAGAAUAUCGAGGCCAGUCUGUGAAGGAGGUCUUGGCUCAGGACUCGACUGGAGAGCAAUGUUUACCCAUGAUAGCUCAAGAAACCUUCCCCAGCCAUCUCAGCCUAGACUUAGGUAUGACCAUUUCCUUGGAUUGCAGAGCAAUGGCAGAACCUGAGCCUGAAAUCUACUGGGUUACCCCCAUGGGCCAUAAGGUUACCACAGAGACUUUAUCUGAUAAAUAUCGCUUGGGCGGGGAAGGGACCCUGCAGAUCAGCAAUGUGCAGGUGGAGGACUCUGGCCGGUACACCUGUGUGGCACAAAAUUCAGAAGGGGCAGACACCAGGGUGGCAACACUGCGUAUAAACGGCACCCUUCUGGAUGGUUCUCAGGCUCUCCGGCUUUACGUGCAGCAGACUGAAGCUAGUUCAGUCCUGGUGUCCUGGAAGGUUAGCUCCAGUGUCUUGGCUUCUAACCUGAAGUGGUCUUCGGCCACCAUGAUGAUUGACAACCCUCACAUCACAUAUACGGCCCGGGUUCCUGCCGACGUCCACGAAUACAACCUGACCCAUCUCCAACCCGCCACCGAGUACGAAGUGUGUCUGACGGUGUCUGGUCUACAUCAACAAGCUCAGCGAGCCUGCAUUAAUGUCACCACCAAGGGCACGUCCUACUCAUUGACCGUCACCGACCAGGAGACCAGCGCGGCCCUGGCUGCCGUUAUGGGGUCUCUUUUUGCCCUCAUCAGUUUUGCUUCAGUUUCUGUUUACGCAGCAAAAAGAUUCCAGAGGAAAAACUAUCGUCAUUCCCUGAAGAAGUACAUGCAGAAGACAUCUUCCAUCCCACUGAACGAGCUGUACCCCCCACUCAUCAGCCUGUGGGAGGGGGACAGUGAGAAGGAGACGGGGACUGCGGAGACCAAAGCCUCCCAGGUGGACACGUCCCGGAGCUAUUACAUGUGGUAACGCCUGAUGGGGACAUCUGAGCAGAGCACAAUGACUGAUGGAGGCGACUACAACACCCCCCCAUGGUCUUGUUAGGUUUCCCCUUGACCCCCCAUGGCCCCAGUAAGUUUCCCCUUCACCCCCAUGUCCACCUUAGGUUCCCAUUACAUCCCCUAUCACCCCCUUAUGUCCCUCUCUAUCUUUCCUCUUUUUUCCACCCUUGUGCGCUGCCCGGCCAGAAACCCAUGAACGGCUGCCAAGUCCGAGCUGCUGACGGCUCCGCUGCCUCAGUGGGCGACUCUUGGUCGCGUUUCAAGCUUGUCAGUUACUGGACGUCAAUGUAAAUCCAUUUAGGAUCGAGCUGCAGGAAGACGAGAGAAAAGUGCAGUCUCAUCAUUACGCUUCAUCACUGAGGCAAAUAUAGAUAUAGCAAAGGCCUAACCAGGGGGACAUGGGGGGAGGGGCAUGCAUCCUGGGGGCCAGUGGGGCCCCCAACCAGCUACUCGGUGUAGAUGCCAAGCCAUGAGUCCGGGCCCAGCUGACAACUAGUCCUGAAAUCAUAGAGAACCGUCUAUUAGAAGGAUGGACCUGGUGACUUAAAGGG